AUGCACAUCUAUCCCCUUGUUCUGCUCUCCGUUACCUUUUUCUCGAAAUCCGUCACAGCCGCCACCGAGGUCAGCCCAGUGACAAUGGUCCUUUUCUACGGAUGGGUCGGCAUCGAGCUUCCCAACACCGGAAGUCUUUUGUCAAUGAAUGAGUGUGUGGAUGGGUGUAGAACGCUUCAAAAUUGUAUGGUUGCUUACAUGGACACGGACGGAUAUUGUCUCACUUAUCAGUUCGAUACAAUGCCCGAUCUGACAGUGUUCUGUUCGGAACAAAAUAAUGGGUUGGUUGUGGCGAUGAAGGUGAGCAUUGGGACCGUUUUUCUCCUUAAAAUGCACACGUAUAGUUUCCAGACAAUACCACAAACGUCUUGCCCCGUGUCCCCAAAUGAUGUCGUCUUCAAAGUGCCCAUUCUCAACCAGGACUCGAAAAUCGAAAUAAUGUCAUGGAGCCGAACAAGUUCACUAUUAGUCUUUCCCAAGUGUGAUCCCACUGAAAAACGCUUCGAACGAGCCGAUUCGAUUGUUGUGUGCGUUACAACGAAACGCGUGGAAUUGGGUACAAAUCUAGUGGCUGCUCAAUCGAUGUGUGUGGAAAAUGGACAAAAACUGACUGGAGUGGGAAGUGUGCACGAGGUGGAGUGGUUGAAGGAACAACUGACCGGCUUCGGACCGCUUCAAAAUCUUUCGGGACUGUGGAUCGAUGGCGUCAGGAGCUGUGAUGCUGGCGAGCCCGAGUGCACUGUAAGUUUUGAGCAUACCGGUACUCCCUGAAAAUUCGCUAAAUCAUUGAAAUCGAGGCGAGAAAAACAGAAAUCGAAAUUUUCGAAAUUAUAGACACUUGCAGCUACAAAACAAAACGUUUCCAGAACUUUACCUGGUCCGACACUUACACCACCGGAAAUGACGCGGUCACAGGCCCGCAGGCCUCGUUUUCCUAUCAAGAGUGAGCUUAAAAUGGUGAUAGAUAAGAGAGUAAAAGUGAUUUUGCAGUGAAACCGAAUACAAAACCCACUUGGCAAUCGGUUAUUUGAUUAACAAUCCGACAGUGUCACUCAUUGAUGUAUCCUCAGAAACUUAUAAUGCUUCUAUAGGUGUCGCGUGUGGUUAUAAGCUUUUUGAGGACAUUAGUGGUUAG